ACCCAGAAAGUUUAAAAAGCUACACCAAACUAAAUAGUCAUCUCCUUCUACUGACUGACAUUGCUGCUGAAACUGGUGGUUUGCGGACUCGAACAAUUUGGUUUCGAAUUCAUCAAGUUGCUAAUCAAGCAAAUGAUACACCCCACCCUAAUUUUGAUUUGAUCCAAAUAUCGCACAGAAAUGUAAGUAAUACAUGCAUGUAUAUGGAAUAUGACAAUAUGGAAUACACCCCUGCCCCUGCCCCUGCCCCCGUCACUUUUUGUAUUGUUAUUCAGCUUAUUUUUCACCUUCCAUACCCUGUAAACUGAAACUGAAACUGCCACUGCAGUCUUACUAGGAUUUUGCCCACGCAUCUACCUGCAACGCAAUCUAGGACCAAAUAAUCUAAUAUGCAAUGCAACCGCACCUUCUCAACAACACAAACUUCCAGACCCAAAAAUAAACCGACCGAGAAAAUCCCACAAAGAACAAUAAUUAAACCCAAAAAAUUAAACCCAGAAAGGAGAUGCAGGGCAGGAAUGGAAGGGAAGGCAACUUUCUCAAAGUUAUAGAACAAAGGAUGAAACCCAUAAUCCAUGCUCUCAUCAUGUAAGAGCCGAGCCAGUAGAAGGAUUAACAAUACACGAAAGAAACAGAACAGCAACAGGCAGAGCCAACAAAAACUAGCAUCCAGAUUCAAGAGUUCCAUUGGACUUUCUGUAAUUGCACGUUCUCAAUUGAUCUUGGCGGCAAGUUCAGAACAGAAUAUGUAGACGAAAAGAAGCUGAAGAGAGGGACUCACUGAGAUUCCAUUGAACAAAGGCGGCAAGUUCAGAACAGAAUAUGGAGCCGACGACCCAGUUCUCUCCAAUCGACACCGAAUCAGCGGCCACAGAGCAGCAACUCAGGUUUCCGCCUUUGCCAAAGAUAGCCGGCUUCAGAUCAACGAGAAGAAGAGAGGUGCCUCGAAAGGGUUCUAGGGAUUUCGAAACGAAGCUGAAGCUGAAGCUGAAGAGAGGUGCCUCGAAGAAGAGUGGUGCCUCGAAAGGGUUCAGAGCAACGAAACGAAGCUGAAGAGAGGUGCCUCGUGCGCCGGCGAGAGCAUUUUGUUCGAUAGGGGUUUAGGGAUUUCGAAAGGGUUAGUUCUAGGGAUUCAGAGCAACGAAAAGAAAGAGUUGCGGCUGUUGCACUGCGUUUCGUAAAUCAUAUUGGUUUCUUAUUGGUUUUCUGGUUUUAACCGAAUAAAAACCAUUAAGUUUCUAAAUGGUUUAAAACCGAAAAACCAAAACCAUCAGCUUUCUAAUUGGUUUGGUUUUGGUUAAAACCAAAAAACCAAAACCAAAUGGACAGCCCUACUGAUGAUGAUUCAGAUCGAGGCAAGCCACAACGUCGAAGUGCACAGAUUCAGUCGUUCUUUGACGUCGAGGCAAAAACCAAUGGAGGCAACGCCCAUCACUAAGCCACACAACUUCAAAGAGAGGAUGAAUCGUGGAACCUGCUGAUGCAGAUCUAGGUUUUUUGCCACUUGGGACAAUGGUUUUUGGACCUUGUUAUUUCUUCGGAGAUGAUCCUUAAGCUUGUGGCUAUACUUUGGCGGAUUUGGAAGGCUAGUAACUGGGUGGUCUUUGAGCUCAAGCAAGUAUCCUUACAGGUGCUCUAUCAUCAGCUUAAUCAACAAAUUCAUGAAUGGCUUGGAUAACUUCCAAGGGACAAUCCAGGUUUGCCGGCCACUCAUGGGAGGCAUGUUAGUGAGUCGGCUUCAGGUUUGAUAAAAGGGAUGGUUUGUUAUUUUGAUGGGGCUCUGUGUAUAGAUUCGCAUGCAGGAAUUGGUCUGGUUAUUCAAGAUGCAUCUGUCACGGUUGUGAUGACUAAGGUUGUGCGCUUCAUGACGCUUUUCAUUGGUUUGUAGCUAAGGGUUCAACUCUGUGUUGCUCCGUGGAGACGCGAAGGGGAUUAUUGACAAGGUAAAUGCAUGGUGCAUGGCUAUAACUCAGGGUGGUGCUCUCCACCGUGAGAUUCGGGCUCUUAGGCAGGAGUAGAUGGAGGGUGAUAGUACCGUUCGUUGGUAGACAACAUAAUAGAGUUUCCCAUUUGGUGGCAAGGAAAACUCUUAUAUAGUCAACUAGUGAUGUACUAUGUUUUGAUUUUUGUGCUUGGCUCUGUAUGAAGUUGUAAUUGUUUGAUCUAUGAAUCCUGGUAAUGCAAGCUAUCUUGGGUUGAGAUUUAAGAAAAAAAAAGUGGUAAUACCAUUAGCAUUGAACCUGGACUUCCCACAUUCGAUUCCUUAAAUAGUAUUUAAAUAAAAAAAGUAAACCUAUAUAAAUAUUAUAAAAAAAAUCAAAUGGAAAUUGGGUUGUCAAUUCGCAAACCACGAGACAAUAACUUAGUUUGGCCCUGCUGUACUUUUUGCAGAAGCAGCUUCUGAUUGGAGUUUUUAGAUAAGUACUUUAAAAAAAAAAGUUGAGUGUUACGCUGUAAAACUAUUAGAAGUGCUUUUUAAUAUGAGAUGUUGUGUAAAAUGACUAUAAAGGACUUAUAAUAUAAAAUAUGAAUAAAAAUUCUAAACAAUA